UCUUUCAGAGAGAGGGAUGUGUAUGUUAUGAGAGGAGGAUCUCAUGUUUUGUAUGGCUGCACUUUCCAAAAAUAUACAGCAUUUUAAUCUCAGGAAUGUUGUCAGCGAAGCCCUUUCGGGCUGCAUGCUCAUCCUGGGCUGUACUGAUGUGGACGAACCGAUUGUGUAUUUCUAAAGUGUGUAUGUCUACCAGCUUCUCCAUAAAGGACACAUGGCACUGCAACAGGAACGUCAGGUCACUGCUGAAGGCGAGAGGACUGACCUGCAACACUAAUCAAUCCAGUACGCUAUGGAAUAACUGUUCAGGUCGAAGCAAAGUGAGCUGCUGGAGCUGUAAACAACCUCUUGACCAAACACCUGCAUUCUUCUGUGUGUCAUGUAAAGUGGUGCAGCCCCCUGAAGAGGGAACAUCUUACUUCAAAAUCAUGGCCUGUGACUACACAUUCACACUGGACACACAGCAGCUACAGAAAAAAUAUCUGCAGCUCCAGAGGUUGCUACAUCCAGACAACUUCAGCCAGAAAUCUGUGACGGAGCAGCAGUAUUCAGAAAGCCAGUCAGCUCUCGUGAACAAGGCAUACACCACUCUGCUUAAGCCUUUGAGUCGCGGUCUUUAUAUGCUGGAGCUGGAAGGGAUGCAUAUAAAGGAGGGUACUGAAUCCGCUCAUUCUGCAUUUUUUAUGGAGUUGAUGGAGAUCAAUGAAGCUCUCGAUGAGGCACAGACUCCAGAAGAAGCCAACAAGAUCGGCCAGGACACAAAAGCACUUCCCACCAGAUGAGCGUGGGCAGAUGCACGCGUCAUAUACGACAUCGGCAUGAGGCAAUCCCUCCAUCUCUGAAAUGCUCCACACACAUUGACCCUUGUAUUGUUGCAUUUAUUGUCUGACUUUCUUUUAGACCAUUUCCCCCUUUGUUAGGUUGCUUUGCAUUUUGCAUUUGCGCUAUUUGUCAGUGAUGGAAUAGCAGCCUUUUCACUGAGCGGAUGUGUGGGCACAGCUGCUUAGUUGAACAACCAAUACAAUAGAAGCAUCCUAUAGUAGCAGAUGUCUAGUUCUCUUUCAGAUCACUUACUUUACAUUACACUGAAAAGUUAUCAUGGUAUUGUUUAUCAAUAAUACCCAAGGUAUGUUGUCCUACCUGCACUUUACGGCUGUAAGUUUUCCAGUUCUGGUACCUUUACCUAUUGUUUCCAUGGUAACAGCACGUGGUGUUUUAUACUGCUCGACACUUACUGAGCAGCUUCUGUGUGAGGAAACACAACUAAAGAGCAACUGAUGUUUAUGUUCAGGUACUGUAUAUGUUGUGCGUACAAAAUCAGUAAGGUAAGAACACAAUGAAAUACUUUAAUGGGCUUAUGCAGAAACAAAUGCUGGGCUUUUUUUUUUAACUACUGUUAAAUACUGGAAAGAAAGGACAUACGUAAGUGCAUACCUCUGAUAUAUAGUGCACAUUAGGUUUAAAACCAAUGAAUGUCAUGCACAUCUAAAAUAUCUUUAUAAAGAUGAUCCAAAUAUUUUAUCCUAUACCUUAAGUGCUCGAUGAUAUGUACGUUAACCCAUCUUAAGACAACAUGACACCUGGAUUUUUCAGUUUUGGUUUUUUUUGCUUCACAUCAAGCAAUUGCUCUUGAAGACGAGUGUGCUUUUGAAUUUCAAGGAAUAAAUAAAAACCCGCUGGCGUCCUAUGUCUCAUUAACUCAUGCAGAUCUAGAAAUGUUCUCCUCCUCUC